AUGGACGUUGAAUCGAGCACCAAAACUGAGGCUUCGCAGGAAGUCGAGAACCUCACCCCUGUCGAAGAUAAGAAGUUGGACCGGAUCUACCAGCACUUGGACUUCCGGAUCAUCCCUGCUCUGUGGUGUCUGUACUUCCUCACGUCUUUUGGAGGAUCUGCAUACGGAAACACCCUAACUAUGAAUUUUGAAACUGGACACUCGCUCAAGCAAACUUUGAAUCUCACGGCCCACGACACGUCGGUUGCCUCGGCGCUGGAAUACGUGGGUUUCAUCCUGUUUGAUCUGCCAAUGAACCUGGCCAUGACCAAAAUGUCUCCCCAAGUCUGGCUCAGCAGAAUGGUGGUUAGUGUUGGUCUGCUCUACGUCUGUUAUGUCGCUUUGAAGAACGCAAAUGGCCUCAUUGCCAUCCGUUUCUUCUCCGGUGUGGCAGGAGCAGGUGUGUGGCCUGGCAUGACAUACUACAUCUCCCUGUGGUAUCCAGAACACCGCACAGCCCGCAGAAUUGGCUACUAUUUCACUGCUGCCCAGCUGAGUGCUUCUGCCGCUGGUUUGGUUGCUGCAGGAUUCCAGAAGAUGGACAUGACCAGAAACAUGGAGGGCUGGAAAUGGCUUUUCAUCGUCUACGGGUCUGUUACCAUUUUUGUUGGCUUCACCCUAAUUUGGUGGCUUCCUGACAGACCAUCGCACCUGGCCAGUCCUAAGAAAUCUUUGCUGCCAGAGAAGGUGGCGGUCUUCUUCCGCUCGCCUCAGCCUCUGACUGGCGAAAAUCGCCGCAUCCACGAGCAGGACAUGAAGGCACGGUAUGUCAAGCUGAGCUGGGGCUGGAGGGACGUUGUCAAGGUCAUCUCUGAUCUGCGGACAUGGCCACUGAUUAUCAUGUACUUUGGGGUUGUUGGUACUGGAUUUGGUCUUGCUGUGUUCGGUACCACCCUCAUCAGUGCCUUGAACCCAAGUCUGUCUGGUAUCGAUGUUUCACUGCUGUAUGCUCCAAUCUGGCUUUUCGAUCUCGGAGGUAUUUUGCUUGUGACACCGUUUGCAGACAAGUUCAAGGGCUUGCGGCCGAUUCUCUUCAGUGCAAGCACCCUGAUAAUCAUCGUGGGAUUGAUUGUCACAACCUAUGCCCAUGGGUUCUGGCACAGAUACUCUGGCUUGCUCAUUGCCGGCUUUGGUCUUGGACCAACCGUGCCGAUCACUAUGACCAUGUCGUCCGAGAUCAUGCUGCCUGUUUAUGGAGACGUUGGCACAGCCGUGGCGGCUGCGCUGGUGUCUGGUCUUGGAAACCUUGGCUCCGUUACUGCCACCUACGCUCUUUAUUCGGGCUGGCCGGCCGACGCAGCAAGAUUGUACCAAUACUCCAACAUGAUGCUGGUUUUAAUGUUGGGCGUCAGUAUUGUGAGCUGUGCUGUUCUGCAGUUCAUGAGAUGGAAAUGGUACUAG